AUGGUCAAAAUAAAAGAUAAUACCGUCCAAGUAGUGUUCAUUUCUUUGCUUUUGGAUCUUUUGGCAUUUACUAUGAUAUUACCAUUGUUACCGGCCUUAUUAGAUUAUUAUAAGGAAAUAGAGGAUGACGAAGGCAUGUAUUUUAAAAUCCUACAUUACAUACAAAAAGCAAGGAAAUUUUUUGAUGCUCCUGUUAAAGUUAAUACAGUACUCUAUGGAGGCUUUCUUGGCUCUAUGUACUCCUUUUUGCAAUUUUUGGGUUCUCCAAUAGUGGGAGCAUUGUCAGAUAUAUAUGGAAGAAAACCAUUGAUGAUAUUUUGUUUAACAGGAAUUGCAUUAUCUUAUCUGCUAUGGGCACUUUCCUUCAAUUUUACUAUAUUUGUGUUAGCAAGAUUUGUCGGAGGUAUUACUAAAGGAAAUAUUAAUUUAUCAAUGGCUAUUAUCAGUGAUGUUACAUCUUCAAAAACAAGGGGGAAAGCAAUGGCACUGGUUGGUAUAGCUUUUUCUAUAGGCUUUGUAGCAGGCCCAAUGAUAGGAGCAUUUUUUGCAUGGUCUUCCAGUGAUAAUAGGCAAGGAGCUUGGUAUAUAAUACCUGCCUUAUUUGCCCUUUUUCUGGCAGCAAGUGACUUGUUUUUUAUUGCUUGCAAUUUACAAGAAUCUUUACCGUUAAAAUGUAGAACAAGAACGCUUGCAUCUGGUGUUUCUGGAAUUCUUACUUAUAUUAAUCCUAUAGAUCUAUUCCAAUUCAGUGGAAUCUCUGAUUUAAGUGUGCAAGACAAAAAAAGCUUAAAAACACUGGGUUGUGCAUAUUUCAUGUAUUUGUUCAUCUAUAGUGGCUUGGAAUUUACCUUAACUUUCUUAACUCAUUAUUUGUUUGAAUUUACAAGCAUGCAACAAGGAUGGAUGUUUUUGGGAAUUGGGUUGAUUAUGGCAAUUUUGCAAGGAAGUUGGAUACGGACAAUUCCACCUGAUGAAACAAAAAGUGUUGCAGAAUUGGGUUUAUGGUUGAUUAUUCCAGCAUUUAUUUGUGUAGGUUUUGCAAAUGAUAUGUUAAUAUUGUCUACCGGAUUACUUCUGUUUGCAAUUUCUACUGCCAUGGUUGUUACUUGUAUGAUGACCCUUGUUACACGUAUUGGUCCUGAUUAUCAAAAAGGUGCAAUAACAGGUGUAUUUCGUUCUCUUGGAGCAUUAGCACGAGCUUGUGGACCCAUUGUAGCUUCUUCAGCUUUUUGGUGUAUUGGCAGUAAAACAACAUAUCUCAUUGGUGCUGCAUUUCUUGUAUUUCCACCUAUUAUUCUUCGAAGGAUAAAGUCAUUUUAA